CUCUCUAUUUCUCUUCAUUUCAUUCUUCUCCAAAAUUAAGUGUAGAAAACCACAUACAUAUAUACAUUAUUCCUUUCAUUUUCUUCUUUAUUUUGAACUUGAAAUUAAACAAGAUUUCAAUUUCAAUCUAUAACCAAGUAGUAGUACUACUAUUAAUUAAUAUGUCUCUGCUACUCUCACAUUAUUAUUAUCACCAACAACAUUAUUAUUCUUCUAAAUCACUCUUCAUUUUCCUACAUCUACUUGCUUCCACAGGGUUAUGGGUGUCAGCAACAACAUUCACAUUUGAGAACAAAUGUGAACACACAGUUUGGCCCGGCAUUCUUGGAAAGCCUGAUCUCGGAGCCACAGGCUGCGAGCUCAGGAGUGGAGACACGCGCUCUUUCGACGCGCCUCCAGCCUGGUCGGGUCGAUUCUGGGCUCGAACAGGCUGUAAGUUCGAUGACUCAGGACACGGCGCGUGUUCCACGGGUGACUGUGGAUCCGGAGAGGUCAACUGCAACGGCAAUGGCGCCGCACCGCCGGCUACUCUUGCCGAGUUCACACUUGGCGGCGGCGCCGGCGGCGCCCAGGACUACUACGACGUAAGCCUUGUCGACGGCUACAACGUGCCGAUGGUGGUGGAGGCGAGUGGCGGAACAGGCGCGUGCGCCGCGACGGGGUGCGGCGCGGAUCUGAACCGGCGAUGUCCGGAGGAACUUAGGGUGGAUGGAGGAGACGCGUGUAACAGCGCGUGCCGCGCGUUUGGGAAAGCGGAGUAUUGCUGCGACGGGGAGUUUGGUUCGCCGGCGGCAUGUAAACCGUCGGUGUAUUCGGAGAUAUUCAAAUCGGCGUGUCCAAAAGCGUAUAGCUACGCUUUUGAUGACGCAACGAGCACGUUUACGUGUUCUGGUGCUGAUUACACUAUCACAUUUUGUCCUACUUCUUUACCAAGUUUGAAAUCAUUGAUGGAUUCUGGGGCAGGAUCAUCAGUUGAGCAAGCAGCCGUAGCUACAAAAUCAUGGAUAGCAAAUUUAGCAACAGGAGCUUCCACAAGAACUCAACAUUUUGCACCUUUCAUUUCUGCAUUUUUUGUAGCUCUUACUUUCAUUAUUCUUUCUAAUUUAAUCUCUUAGCUUCUCUACCUAUGUGUCUAUGUAAUGUCCCUUUAGGAAGUAACAUCUCAAUUGCAUUGA